UAAAAGAGCUCGUCUUCCCAUGACAGAAGCGCUUUCUUUAGCAGCGCUUGUCCAAAAAUGCACUUCCGUAGCCUCACUGAAGGCGGCGCGUCAGCUCCACGCUCUGAUCCUCACCUCCGCACCUACCGCCUCGUCUCUAUCUCCUUACAUUUGCAACAAUAUCGUAUCCAUGUACGCGCGAUGUGGCACAAUUUGGGAGUCACAGAAAGUGUUCGACACAAUGCCGCAGAGAAAUCUCGUUUCAUUUAAUGCUCUAAUGGCGGCCUAUUCUCGGUCUCAUGAUCAUGCUCCAUUGGCUUUCAAUCUGCUUUCGCAAAUGGAGCUUGAAUUUCUCCGACCCAAUGCCUCCACUCUAACGAGCUUGUUGCAGGCAGCUUCUUCCAUGGAAGAUCGAUUUUGGGGCUCUUUGGUUCAUACGCAAGUAGUGAAACGUGGGUUCGUUAAUGAUGUUCCUGUGCAAACCGCGCUAAUUGGGACUUACUCACAUUGCUUGGAUUUGGAAUCUGCUGGAAAAGUUUUCCGGUGGACGAUCAAUAAGGAUAUUGUGGCUUGGAAUUCCAUGAUCUUUGGAAAUUUGAAGAACGACAAAUUGAACGAGGCGCUUCGUCUGUUCAAUGAAAUGCUGGGAAUUGGUCUGGUUCCUACUCAAUUCACGUAUUCAAUGGUUUUGAAUAUAUGUUGUAGAAAUGGAGACUGGCAAUUUGGUCGACUCGUCCAUGGCCGUAUCAUCACCUCAAAUGCCAUAAUUGACAGAACUCUGCAAAAUGUUCUGUUGGAUUUGUACUGCAACUGUGGGGAUACCCAUACGGCGUUUUGGAUCUUCAACAGAAUUGAAAACCCAGAUUUAGUUACUUGGAACACAAUCAUCUCAGGGUGUUCCGAGAAUGAAGAAGAAGAGAUGGCCAUGAAGCUAUUUUUACAACUGCGGAAAUCAUCACUUCCCAAACCAGACGAUUAUACUUAUGCAGCUGUAAUCGCCACCAUUGACAGCCCUCGGAGUGGAAUGUCUUUUGUUGCUCAAGUUAUAAAGGAUGGAUUUGAAAGCAGUGUGUUUGUAAGCAGUGUCAUCGUGUCCAUGUUAUUUAGAAGCGGCGAAUCUCAAGCUGCUGAGAGGGUUUUUGGGUGUAUUGCGAUGAAGGAUGUUGUUCUGUGGACUGAAAUGAUCAGUGGGUAUUCAAGAAUGGGAGAAGGGGAAAAGGGUAUCAAAUGCUUUCAUCAAAUGCAUCAGGCUGGGCAUGAAACUGACAGUUUUUCACUCAGUUUGGCUUUGAGUUUGUGUGCUGAUCUUGCCACUCUGAAACAGGGGGAGACGUUUCAUUCUCAGGCCAUAAAAACAGGGUGUGAAGCUGAAACCUAUGUCCUUGGGAGUCUAAUCGACAUGUAUGCCAAAAAUGGUGACUUGAGUUCUGCUAAGUUUGUAUUUUCUCAAAUCCCAUAUCCGGAUUUGAAGUGUUGGAACUCCAUUCUUGGAGGGUACAGCCACCAUGGGAAUAUGGAAGAGGCAUUGAAUCUGUUCUUUGAGCUUCGAGACCAUGGUGUGGAGCCAGAUCAAGUAACAUUUCUUUCCUUACUUUCGGCUUGCAACCACAGCAGCUCAGUUGAAAUAGGGAAGUUUUUAUGGAACUAUAUGAAGGAAAGUAAUAUUAUGCCAAAUUGUAAGCACUAUUCUUGCAUGGUUAGCUUGUUAAGCCGAGCUGGGUUCAUGGACGAAGCAGAGGAAAUGAUUAUCAAAUCACCAUUUGCAGAUGGUGAUCCAGAGCUAUGGAGAACUCUGCUAAGUUCGUGUGUUGCUAAGAAAAAUCUGAGAGUGGGAGUUCGUGCUGCAAAACGAGUGUUGGGAUUAGAUUCAGAAGACAGUGCAGCUCAUAUCUUGCUGUCGAAUCUGUAUGCGGCAGCAGGGAAAUGGGAUGGUGUUGCAGAGAUGAGGAGAAGAAUAAGAGAGUCAAGGGUGGGAAAGGAGCCUGGUCUAAGUUGGAUUGAGAGUAAGAGACAUAUCCAAGCGUUUUCUUGUGGUUUGCAGUCACAUCCAGAGGUUGAUGAAGCUCGAGUUACGCUGCUUAGGCUGAGAGGAAACAUGGGUGCAGAAAUGGAUGAAUCAAGUGGGAUAGGAGUUUAAUCAAGUGAGAGCAUUUCAGACACUGAAAUUUAUUAGUGUUCUUAUACCAACUGGUAAAAGUUAGGGGCUAAGUUUUGAAAUGUAGAGGUUGGGGAGAAUCAUAUAAUGCCACCAUUCAAUUUUGGUC